AUGCCGCGGUUUUUCAAUAUCGAUCAGGUUCUGAGAGGACUUAAAUCAACGUACACUAUUGUCAAGGAGCUUCACAGGGCUGUGGACGAAGCUGCCAUAUAUCUAGCCAGGGAUCAAAACAGAAAGAAUUGGAUUGUCAAGAGCGUUCGCGGCCAUUGGCACCUACAGAACGAAGCCAAUAUUCUAAGGCGUUACCAGUCUAAGACUCCGUUCCUCCGCCCGAUAGUCGAUGAGGUCCUGGGCCCAGCCGAUCCACCCUCCAUCAUUUUGAGGCAUCUGGACAGUGAACUUCUUACGGAAUCGAAGAAGAAACGGCUAACGCGCCCCGAGAUUAAGCAAGUAGCCAGGUGCAUUCUCGGGGCCCUUCUUAUUCUCCAUAAGGAUGGCAUGGUCCACACAGAUGUGAAAUUGGAUAAUGCUUUUGUCAACUAUGGUCAAAGCGAGCAGCGCUUCUCAGAAAUUCAACUUGGGGACUGUGGAGGUGUUGUCUCCAGAGAUUCGGAGUUCGCCAGGGAGGGCCAUCUGAUCGGAGCUGCCUUCUCGAGGAUGAAUGGUUUAUAG